CUUUUUUCACACACUCGCCUCAAUUCAGUGUCAUUAUAUAAUUUAGUAUCUUCCCAUAUACGCGAUAGCGUGUUAGCCAAGGCAAACUCACUAGGGAUUUGUCCUCUAAGCCACGAGAUGAAUCUCCGUCAAAUCUACGAAGUUUAAUGGAUGAAAACAAAAGCCGGUAUUGAAGCCGUUGUGGAAGUGCAACGCAGCGAGAAGCUAAAGAGGCGAGCGACAUCAAAAGGUAGGACGGCUGCUGAAUCGGCUAUGAUAAGAGCGUUUAACGCUCAAUUUGCUGAGUAUAGCUCUGAACUAAAGAUAGCUCGUGCGGUCAUGAAGAAAGAAAGUGAUACUGGUGUUCGUCUCCGAGACAAGUACUGGCCAGUUUCUGCAUUCGGUGUAGCCAUCAAUGUUUUGCACGAAGAGGCAGUUCUUGAUUUUUGUAGGAAAGAGGGAGUGAAAUGCGGUUUGUACAAGUAUGUUGAAGGACUGAUUGAACGCAAGACGGUGAGUUUUGCUUUACGCGAAGCCGAUAAUCUUCGGGCUGUUCUCAAGGAAAUGGAAAGGUUUGAAGUUCCGGUUUCGUCUAUGGAUGGAAAUUGUCUUGUUGAUAAUAAGAGGAAAGAUAUUGGAUCUGUUCUUGGUCAUGGUGGAGAAACAUCAUCUAAGAAGAAGAGACGUCUUACUCGUAAGAAGUAGAUUUGACUCAUUAACUCGUUAAUGGGGAAAUGUGAAAAUGUUAAUGGGAAAAUGUAUAACUCAUUAAUACUACUCAUUAUGCUUUUUAUUUUGUUUUGUUUCUUUAGUCUUUCUUUUUGUAACGUUUUUGCGUUUUGUUUUUUCUUUUUGUUGUACGGUCUUUUUAAAAGUUUAAUCUACUGUUUAAAACAAAAAUUUUAUGUU